AUGGAUCAAGAUCGCAUAUCCACAACCGAGGUUGACCGCGCUCCUGUCUCCCCCGGGUUUGUUGCAGACGAAUCGCAGUUGCUUUUCGUGAUCGCUGCUGCCGUUGGGGACGAGCCAGGCACGAUCGUCACAGCUGGGGAAAGCACGGAGCGUCCCCAUCUCAACCGGGUGGACGCUCCUCCACAUUUUCCCUCGGUGUACUCCUAUCCUUAA